CAGACACGAAUUGAAUCGUUGUACCAAGCAGCAAGAUUAACUACACGCAAACGAUAUCUCCCAAUAGAAUUGCAUAGGUUGACCAUCAUGCCUCUCCUCAACUUCCACCUACUCAACCUCAAGGGCAAUGUUCAACCCCACACCUUCCUCAGCAACCUCCACGAGGCCGAUCCCUCUACCAAAGUAAUCGUAGCAUCAAAACCACGCCAUUUUGUCGUGAAAGCAACAACCCAAGAUGCAUCCAUCCUCAACAAACCCUGGGAUCUGAUGCUCCUCCUCCAAGGCCCCAAUGCCUCUCUCCCUGCUUCCCUCCAAAAGCACGUUUCCUCUUCCUACUCUCUUCCUGUGGGCAUACCAUCUAAACUUCUUGCUUCCUAUCCCGAGAAGAAUGCUCGACUUAUCAAAGAAGCACCAUCUGCUGGUCUGACGGGAUCUUUGGAAAAUCCCAAAAUGCCCGAUUCGAGUCAGAAGUUGGAAUUGUCACCCGAGUUGUUGAAGUUUAUGGAGGAAUUGAUGAAGGAACAUGAUGGACCUGUUACCAUGUUGAAUUUGCUCAAGUUUAAAGCUGGAGGCAAAGAAAGUUACUAUCAAUAUGGACAGCAUUUCAUCAAAGUGGCCGGAAAACGAGGAGGCGAUGCCAAAAUCGUGGGAAAUGUGGUUUCCAAAGACAGCGAUUGGAACGAGAUUUCCAUAGUCCAUUAUCCCAGCAUCAAGCAUUUCUGCGACAUGCUCGCCGGAGAGGAUUAUCAGGCUAUCAAUGAUGAGUUUAGGCUUCCGGCUCUGGAGGAUACGCUGUUGGUUUGCACUACUGAGUUUGGUGUGAUGGGGUCAAAGGCAAAGCUUUAGGAUUGGGGAUGCGGUUGUUUGUGAUGGGUGGAUUGAUUUUUGGGUGCUAGAGUCUUUCAUACGAAGUGUAGCUGUAGCAAUGCAUAACUGAAUUCAUAUCAGAGUCGUCUCGAGGGAUAUGUUCAAGCAGGGUUUUCUCAGCGGAAGUAGUGGCCCUUCCAUUCUUCCACGCCUGUAUUUCAGGCUUUGUAAUGUUUACCCAAUCUUUUGCGUCAAAACCAAAACAUUCCUUACACCCUUGAUGCUGGUUUCUCCCGCAGCAAGAUGAGAGUCAACCAUUUCCAUGUCUCUAGAUCUAGCGUCCUUUGCCGCCUCGGCCCAAGCAGCAGUGUGUGAUGUUC